UGUGAGCAGCAAUGUGUGGUAAUAGUGCUUGCCUCUAUAAUUGGUAUUGAAGCAGAAUAUAGCUGGUAUUAUGAUGCAUGUACUAAAUGUGCUGGUAGGAUCAAAAUUAUUGCUGGAAGAAUGUUUUGCCCAAGGUGUAACCAGAGCAGGAAUGCUGUUCCUAGGUUCAAAUUGCAUGUGCAAGUUAUGGACAAUACCGGUUCCACAAGUUUCAUUCUUUUUGAUCGUAAUGUGUCAAACUAUGUUGGGAAAAGUGUGCAGGAUUUAAUUGAUUCACAAGGCCAGGGUAACAAUGAUAAAGGAUACCCGUCAGAUCUUGAUGUCUUAGUUGGAAAGAAAAUGUUGUUCAAGGUGGAGAUCACAGAUGGAAAUUUGCAUCUUAGCUGGCGUAAUUAUGGUGUGAAGAGGACAACAGAUGAUCCUGAUCUAAUAAGCCAGUUUUCUAAGCGUCAUAAUCUCAAGAUAACCAUUGAUGAUGAUGAAGAUUGCGGUGAAGAUGUUGCAUUAACCCAUGCUGCUGUUGUGUCCGAAAAUGUUAAGAUGAUUGAAGGUGGUGACUCAAACAAAACUGAGCUGGACCAGAAAGAAGGUGAGAAAACCCCAUGUAGCAAGUCUGGAGAAAAAAGAUCUGCUGAUGCUGAUGUAUCUGCUGAGGUGGGAAUUGAUAUUCUUGGAGAAAGGUCAAUCAACAAACCACGAAAGCUCAAAAGUGUUAAGAUUGAGAAAGCGGCUUGAUGAGGAACGUGACAGUUUAACCGAUUAUGUACUGUUUAAUUGAAUCCAGAUUUUGUCUUCAUUCUGGAUCAAUUUAAUUUAUUUAGUUUCUUUUUGCUCAUUUCCCUUUUUUAAGACUCAUGUUGUUCGAAUCAAGUACUGGUGCCAUAUAUGGCCUUUUUAUCUUUAUGUUUUAUGAA